GCUGCUUCUCUCACCGACACACGAGCCACAUCCGAAACAAUGGACUCGCCGCCGCCCGCCCGCCGCUCAUCGUCGCCGGGUGCAUCCCCGGAGGCGAAACGCGUCAAGCUCACCGUCAACCAGGGCGCGACCCCCGUCGACCCGGACACCGCCCCGGGCAAGCGCGGCGAGCUCGAGCCCCUCCAGUCCUCCGACAUCGGCAACCUGCCGCCGACCGCCGCCCCCGAGCCGGGGCCGGCCAACGGCGGUGCCGUACGCGUGCUGGGCGAAAAGGAAGGAGGAGCAGCAGGGGAGGACGUCGAGAUGGCGGAAGAGGGGGAGAAGGACGACGAGGACGGCGGCGGGGACAGCAACGACGACGCGGACGAGGACGACCCCGCCGCGCUCGAGGCCGCGCGCGCGCGUCUCGAAGAACAGGCCCGGCGCUACCUCGCCGCCCAGACGCACGAGGUCAUCAUCCCCUCCUACGCCGCCUGGUUCGAUAUGGCCAAGAUCCACCCCGUCGAGCGCCGCGCGCUCCCCGAGUUCUUCAACUCGCGCAACCGGUCCAAGACGCCGUCGGUGUACAAAGAUUACCGCGACUUUAUGAUCAACACCUACCGCCUCCGCCCGACGGAGUACCUCACCGUCACCGCCUGCCGGCGCAACCUCGCCGGCGACGUGUGCGCCAUCAUGCGCGUGCACGCGUUCCUCGAGCAAUGGGGGCUCAUCAACUACCAGAUCGACCCGGACACGCGGCCGGCGACGCUCGCCCCGCCCUUCACGGGCCACUUCCGCGUCAUCCUCGACACCCCGCGCGGUCUACAAUCCCUGCACCCCGGCACCCGUCCUUCCCAAAACCCCACCUCCGCACCCGCACGGGACCAAAAGCCGCCGCAACCGUCCUCGGCCAGCACCGCGUCGGCCUCGCUCGAGCUCCGCUCUUCCAUCUACCAAACGACGGCCAAAGCCUCGCGGCCCGUCUCCGCCGCCGAAGCCUCCUCGCUCGCGAACGGCGCCUCCGACUCGUCCGGCCGGCGCGCGACGAUGCACGCCUGCGACACGUGCGGCGUCGACUGCACGCCCGUGCGGUACCACAGCCUCAAGGUGAAGGACUUUGAGCUCUGCCCGCCGUGCUACCUCGACGGCCGCUUCCCGAGCUCGAUGUUUUCCGGCGACUUCGUGCGGCUCACGAACGCGGCGCACGCGUCGGGGAACCAGCACGCCAACUCGAACGAGGCGGCGGAGGACGAUUGGACGGACCAGGAGCUGCUGCUGUUGCUGGAGGGGAUCGAGAUGUACGACGACGAUUGGAGCGCGGUCGAGGAGCACGUGGGGACGCGCAGUGCGCAGCAGUGCGUGCGCAAGUUUUUGGAGAUGCCGAUCGAGGACCCGUACGUGCAGAGGGAGGAGGCGGACGCGGGGCCGUUGAGGUUUGGGAGGGUGGUGCCGUUUGAGAGGGCGGAUAAUCCGGUGAUGAGCGUCGUGGCGUUUUUGGCGGGCGUCGUGAGCCCUGGGGUGGCGAGCGAGGCGGCGAAGGAGGCGUUGAAGGAGCUGGUGAAGGAGGAUAAGGAGGGGAUCGAGAAGGAGGAGAAGGAGGAGAAAGAGGCGGGAGAGAAGGAGAAGGAGGGCGAGGGCGAGGAGGAGUCGAAGGAGGGGGUGAACGAGAAGGAGAACGAGAAGGAAGGCGGAGAGGCGAGCGGGGGAGCGGCGAAGGAUGGUGAGGACGGGAUGAACGUCGACGUCGGCGCGUCGUCGUCGACAUCUGCUCCCGCCUCGGGCGCUGCGAAGAAGACGCCGAAGAUUCCGCGGUCGCAGGUGCAGCGCGCGGCGUCGCUCGCGCUGUCGGCCUCGGCCAAGGCGGCGGGCGCGCUCGCGUCGGCCGAGGAUGCGGCGAUCCGGUCGACGCUCGGCCAGCUCGUCAAGCUCACGCUCACCAAGCUCGAGCUGAAGAUGGCGCAGUUCGAGGAGUUGGAGGAGGUGCUCGAGGAGGAGCGCCGGGGGCUGGAGAGCGCGCGGAUGGCGCUCGUGGCGGAGAGGACGCAGGUGAAGCGGGUGUUGGAGGGGAUCAAGGCGGAGAUCGCGAAGCAUGGGCCGACGGCGGGCGGUCAGCUCGGGCAGGUGGUGGGACAGAAUGGGGGGAUGGGGACGAGUGGGCAGGGGACGCGCGUGGGCGAGGUGCAGGGCCCCGUCGAGGGUGCUGGCGGGCCGGUGGAGGGCGGCAAUUUGGCGUCGUUGGCGUGA